GAGCUGUGUGCGGAUGCCACACUUGACAUUGCUACACUGCGACACAGCAUGCCUUCCUUCAUCUGUCUGUAUCUGUGCUCAAAGUCUCUCUUGGGCUUCGGGGAACAAUCAACCAUGACGACCGAAUCGGGAUCAGACUCAGAAUCCAAGCCAGACCAGGAGGCUGAGCCCCAGGAGGCCUCAGGGCCUCAGGGACAAGCAGGGCCACAGCCGGGACCAGAGCCUGCCGUCGGAAGGAGCGAGGAGCCUGCGCCAGAGCCGUUCCCUGCAGCUGCUGCACACAGCACCCCGGUGAAGAGGGAGGUCAGCGACAAAGACCGGGACUUUGCCGCCGCAGCUGCAAAACAACUUGAGUAUCAGCAAUUUGAAGACGAUAAACUCUCUCAGAAGUCGUCCAGCAGCAAACUCUCACGGUCUCCACUGAAGAUCGUGAAAAGGCCUAAAAGCAUGCAGUGCAGAGUGACACUUCUGGAUGGGUCGGACUACGGCUGCGAUGUGGAUAAACGCUCCAGAGGACAAGUGCUCUUUGACAAAGUGUGCGAGCAUCUGAACCUGCUGGAAAAGGAUUAUUUUGGUCUCACGUAUCGCGAUGCCGAGAAUCAGAAGAAUUGGUUGGACCCUGCUAAGGAAAUUAAAAAACAGAUUCGAAGUGGCGCUUGGCACCUUUCAUUUAAUGUGAAAUUUUACCCGCCAGACCCUGCCCAGCUAUCAGAAGACAUCACCAGGUACUACCUCUGCUUACAGCUGCGCGAUGACAUCGUGUCUGGGAGGCUGCCCUGCUCCUUUGUGACGCUGGCCCUGCUGGGCUCCUACACUGUGCAGUCAGAACUUGGAGACUACGACCCUGACGAGUGUGGCAGUGAUUACAUCAGCGAGUUCCGCUUUGCACCGAACCACACCAAAGAACUGGAGGAUAAAGUGGUUGAGCUGCACAAGAGUCACAGAGGGAUGACGCCAGCAGAAGCAGAGAUGCAUUUCUUGGAAAACGCCAAAAAGCUCUCCAUGUAUGGGGUAGAUUUACAUCAUGCCAAGGAUUCAGAAGGAGUAGAAAUUAUGUUAGGAGUCUGUGCAAGUGGCCUAUUGAUAUACCGUGACCGGCUUCGAAUAAACAGGUUCGCUUGGCCCAAGGUCCUAAAAAUUUCAUAUAAACGGAACAACUUCUACAUUAAAAUCCGGCCAGGAGAGUUUGAACAGUUUGAAAGCACCAUUGGGUUCAAGUUGCUGAACCACCGCGCUGCCAAACGCCUCUGGAAAGUGUGUGUGGAACACCAUACAUUUUUCAGACUAUUACUGCCAGAAGCACCUCCAAAGAAAUUCCUGACCUUGGGCUCCAAGUUCCGUUACAGUGGCAGAACUCAGGCGCAAACGAGAAGAGCCAGCGCAUUGAUAGACCGCCCAGCGCCUUACUUCGAGCGCUCCUCCAGCAAACGUUACACCAUGUCUCGCAGCUUGGAUGGAGCAUCAGUGAAUGAGAACCAUGAAAUAUACAUGAAGGACUCUAUGUCUGCUGCAGAGGUUGGCACAGGCCAGUACGCCACAACAAAGGGCAUCUCUCAGACCAACUUGAUCACCAGUGUGACUCCGGAGAAAAAGGCCGAAGAGGAGCCUGGUGAGGAAGAGGACAGAAGGACGAAGGGCGAGGAAGCCACCCCUGUCACCGCCCUGCGGCACGAGGGAAAGUCACCCGGGCGUGGCGGCGCCGCCGCAGCGGCUGCUGCUGACGACCCAUGUCCCUUGUGCCCCCCAUCAGCCCAUCCGCAGCACCCGGCAUCUCCCGCAGAGCUCCGCAGGAGGUGUAAGGAGAAGGAGAGCCCCUUCACGGGUUCCGUGCUGCCCAGAGCCGAGCCAGCCUUGGAGUGUGAAGGCCAGGGGAAGGCUCACAAAGGGGACCAAGAUGCGCCAUUUAGUUGCAGGCAGCAGAGCGGCGGCGGCGGCAAAGGAGCCACACUGUUCUCCUUCUCCUUGCAGCUCCCCGGGUCAUUCCCCUCUCUCCUAGACGAGGACGGGUACCUCUCCUUCCCCAGCCUGUCUGAAACCAACCUCCUGCCCCAGAGCUGGCAGCACUUCCUGCCCAUCCGCUCACCCUCCCUCCUGCCUUGCUUCCUCUUCAUCUUCUUCUUCCUGCUGUCUGCCUCCUUCUCUGUACCAUACGCCCUCACUCUCUCCUUCCCUCUGGCUCUGUGCCUCUGCUACCUGGAGCCCAAGGCGGCCUCCUUGAGCGCCUCCCUAGACAAUGACCCGAGUGACAGUUCAGAGGAAGAGACUGACAGCGAACGGACAGACACCGCAGGCGACGGAGAGACCAGUGCCACCGAGUCGGACCAGGAGGAAGAUGCAGAGCUCAAGGCACAGGAGCUAGACAAAACUCAAGACGAACUGAUGAAGCAUCAGACCAACAUUAGCGAGCUGAAAAGAACCUUCUUGGAAACCUCUACAGAAACUGCCUUAACAAACGAGUGGGAAAAGAGGCUUUCCACGUCCCCCGUGAGGCUGGCUGCCAGGCAGGAGGAUGCUCCCAUGAUUGAGCCACUGGUACCUGAGGAGACUAAACAGUCUUCUGGGGAGAAGCUCAUGGAUGGCUCGGAGAUCCUCAGUCUGUUAGAGUCCGCUCGGAAACCCACAGAGUUCAUAGGAGGGGUUUCAUCUACUACCCAGAGCUGGGUGCAGAAACGGGAAACAAAGACAGAGUCCAUCGAAACCGAGGUGGAAUCCACGCCACACUCCCAGCCCCUCAGCACUGAGAAGGUGGUGCAGGAAACCGUGUUGGUGGAGGAGAGGCGCGUGAUGAAUGUGGGAGGCGGUGGAGAUGCUUCUCACACUGUGGGGGACGACGUGGACUCAGCAGAGGCCACACCCGCAGAUCCUCACAGUAUGAAAGAGAAGGAGGGCUCUUCCGUGACAGAAGCAACUAAGGAAGAGAGAGGAGAGGAGGCCCACAAAUCUGUCCCCAAGCAGGCAGAGCCAGCCACGGCCUCCCAGGGGGAGGAGCAGGUGGCGGUAACGCUCCCUUCUGAGGCUUUGGAACAAAAAGCUCAUUUUGAGUCAUCCACUGUGAAGAUGGAGACCGUGAGUGUGGGCAGUGUUUCUCCAGGAGUGAAAGUGGACAUCUCCUCCAAGGAAGUGCCAGUGGUUCACACAGAAACAAAGACCAUCACGUACGAGUCGUCACAGGUUGAUCCUGGGGCAGACAUGGAGCCGGGUGUGCUAAUGAGCGCACAGACGAUCACAUCCGAAACCACGAGUACCACCACCACCACACACAUCACCAAAACUGUGAAAGGAGGUAUUUCAGAGACGAGGAUCGAGAAGCGAAUAGUCAUCACAGGGGAUGCUGACAUCGACCAUGACCAGGCGCUGGCUCAGGCAAUUAAAGAGGCCAAAGAGCAGCACCCCGACAUGUCCGUGACCAAAGUAGUGGUCCAUAAAGAGACAGAAAUCACACCAGAAGAUGGAGAGGAUUGACCAAGGAGUAACUUAGCUUGCACAUGAACCCAGUCAUGUACACCGUUAGGAAAAACCGGAGCCUAUGCGGAGUUCCCUCUUCUAACCCAGCUGACUUGCAUCUGUCCGUGGAAAAUUCCAGAAGAACUGACCUUGACCGUUAAUGAAAGACACUGGCAGAGAGAGAUCUUCCCAUGAUAAAGCAAUCAGAAUGAGAAGCACUGAACCAAUACUGCAUGAAGCGAUGAUAAAAAUCACAAAAGAGCCGCACUUUUAAUUUUCACCAAAAUAUCUGUUUUCAACUCUACCUGCACGUUCAUAACCAACAGUGUAAACCGUGAUCUCAUGUAACACAUCAGCAACUCAUGCCUUUCAUAGUUUAUUAUCAAAGUCUCAACAGAAUCACAGUUCCAUAGGUGACAAAUUCUAUGUUUACAAAUAAAUGUUAAUUACCCUACAAUGCUAUCAGCCGUCUAGGUCCGGUGUGUCAGAUUUACCCCAGAUUAGAUGUGCCAACUUUAUUCAGUAAACGACUUGAAUCUUGUCCUUGUCUGAUCUGGUUUUACUAUUCUCACCCAUAAGCAGUAAUGACUCUCUGACCCUCUAGAAACACUUAACAAUCUUGCUUUAUGUCUCAAAUUUGUUAUAAGGUAGAUCUGAUUCUUAGCGCGUUAAUGUAAUUCCUUCCUAGACAUUUGCUCUGGUCUUCUUUGUUCAAUCCAGAAUGAUUCCCAGAAUUAUCUAAGUAAACCCUCACUAUGUAAAUUAUCAUUGUUUGAGGAAGAAAACCUAUAUUUUUGUUAGUUUACAAUAUUAUGAAAUUCACUCCAGGAAGGCCUGUCGGAAUACUUUUGCUUUGCUAUUUUUCUUUUUCUUGUAUCCUUUAUUCAUUGAUUUUUUUUUCUUCUUUUACUUGAACAACAACAAAAACAAAAAAAAUGUUUUAUUUACAAAUCUGGUCCAUAUUUACAAUCUAGUUCAGAGCCAAGCCUUAAAUUGUACAGAAUUUCCACUGUAAUUAAACUAUUUAGUGUUUAGUUAUAAAUAGCCUCCAGAAAGAUAUAUUCUCCAUUACACUGUCAGCUGCAUCACAGCCCGUUGUGAAUGACGUUACCGCAUCGCGAAAUAAAAAUGGCAAAUGCCUUGAAAGCUU